ACACACACACACAGAGUGACUGAGCUGGUGCUUGUUGAGCACAGAGCUCAUGGCUGUCCCUGGCUAAGACGCAGACGCACACAGUGAAGAAACACACCGAGUGAACCAACAAGAGCAUCGCCUUACCUGCUAUGGGAUUCUAACCACCAGCUUAUUCUGUACCGGUGAAAAAGAUUUGUCAAGGCGUUCUAGAGCCAGGAUGAAGAUUGUAGAAACCAUUUCAGUCUUCAAGAUCCUCUUUCUGCUGGUUCUGGUCACCUCAAGUUACGGGAUACAGAGAGCUCCUCGUAUCAUCACCUUAUUAGAGACACUGGAUGUACUACUGGAUCACAAUGCCACCUUCAUCUGUGAGGUGGAGUCCCGUCCCCCUGCUGAAAUCACUUGGACCAAGAAUAACCACCCAAUAAUGUACUAUGACCCCCGGUACAUUACCAGGGAACAGGGACAGAUGCUAAUGAUCCCUCAUGUAAGAGAGUCAGACAAUGGAGAGUACUGCUGCCUCGCCAGUAACGGCAUUGGGGAGCCAGCCAAGAGCUGUGGAGCGCUGCAGCUAAAGAUGAAGCCACAAAUCAAGCGCCAUCCUACCAAUGUAACCCUUCUGGUAGAAUCCAAAGCAGUGUUGCCCUGCGUUACCCUCGGCAACCCCAAACCGGAUGUGACCUGGCUCAAAGAUGAUGAGCUUAUCAAGGUCAGUGACCGUGUUACCGUUCUUGACUAUGGUGCGUUGAAGAUCCACAACAUACAGAAGGAGGAUGCAGGACAGUAUCGCUGCGUGGCCAGGAAUAGCUUUGGUCUGGCCUUUUCAAAGCCUGUCAGCAUAGAGGUACAGGCUCCAGCACGAAUCCUGCGGGUUCCUAAGGAGAAGAGGGUCGCGUAUGGCAGCCAGAUUUCCCUGGAGUGUAACGCCACAGGAAAUCCAAUCCCCACAAUCACCUGGCUGGAAAAUGGGAACACUAUCUCAGGGGCAUCGGUCGAAGAGACUUUGACUGGAGAGGUGAUCCUGUCCGUUCUUAAAGUGACGGUGAAUAAGCCCGCUCUCUACACAUGUCUGGCCUCCAACAGACACAGUGCUGGAGCCAACACUGUCAAGGCAACUGCUAAAGUCACCGUCGCAGAGUGGAGACUCUAUAAGGGCGUCACAGGCUACUGCAGUGCGUAUCGUGGAGAUGUCUGCCGCACCAUUCUACGAGAUGAUUUGCUGGUUUUCUUUAACUCCUCCCUCUCGGACCCCGAGGACAUGCAGGAGUACCUGGUUCAGAGCUGGUGGACGGAACUGGAAGGGCUCAGUAUGCUUUGUAGCCCUGCUAUACGCUCACUGCUCUGCCACUCCUCCUUCCCUGACUGCAACCCAUCAGGGUUAGGACCGGCACCUAAACCUGUCUGCAGAGAACACUGCCUGGCAGUGAAGGAGCUGUACUGCCAUAAGGAGUGGUUGGUACUGGAGGGCAGCAGUUCAGUCCAGCCGGGCCUGUUCAGCUCUGUCCCUGGGUCCCACACUCCCAGUUCACUGCUGCCCAACUGUCAGAGCUUGCCAAGUCUUCGCACAGACCCUGAGGCUUGUACACAUGUCCCUUUUGUGGACAUCAAGAGAGACCAAAUUACAACAACAUGUUAUGAUGACAGAGGCCGUUUCUACCAAGGCAGUGCGAAUGUGACGAGGUCUGGGAUACCAUGUCAGCCAUGGAGCCAACAGGUUCCCCACCAGCACCGCCUGUCUGUAGAUGUGAUUCCAGAGUUGAAGAACUCAGACAACAACUGUAGGAACCCGGGUGGAAUCAGCGACAAGCCCUGGUGUUUCACCUCAAAUCCGAACAUACGCUGGGAGUACUGUGCAGUGCCGCAGUGUGGGGAGACAAGCGUGGUGUCAGUGAUGAAGCCAGAGUCACCAGGUCCUCGUCAGACUUCUCGUCUCCCUCCCACGGCCACAGGAUCAUCUCCAGCGUACUCCAUGUCCGUCAUCAUCAUCAUCCUGACUGCACUUGCAGCUGCGGUCUUCUUCACUAUCAUCCUCUUCGCCUGCCGUAGACGGAGGAAGCAGUGGAGAAACCGGAAGAGAGCUAUGGAGACCCCCACAAUGAGCGCUCUUCCCUCGGAGCUCCUGCUGGAUCGACUCCACCCCAACCCUAUGUACCAGCGGGUUCCCCUGCUGCUAAACUCAAAGCUGCUGGCGCUAGAGUAUCCCCGUAAUAAUAUCCAAUAUGUUAGAGAUAUUGGAGAGGGAGCCUUCGGACGGGUUUUCCAAGCCAGAGCACCAGGCCUGCUGCCGAUGGAGUCUUUCACGAUGGUGGCUGUGAAGAUGCUGAAGGAGGAAGCCUCAGCUGACAUGCAGAAUGACUUCCAGAGAGAGGCAGCACUCAUGGCUCAAUUUGACCAUCCAAACAUCGUACGGCUCCUAGGUGUGUGUGCAGUGGGUAAACCCAUGUGUCUGAUGUUCGAGUACAUGGCCCAUGGUGACCUCAACGAGUUCCUUCGUCGCAGAUCUCCAACCCAAUCCGUGCGCACCCUCAGCCAUGCCAGCCUGUCGGGUCGCAGUUUUUCUUCUGAGCUGGAGGCGGGACUUCUAUCCUGUGCUGAGCAGUUGUCCAUUUCCAAGCAGAUCGCUGCAGGAAUGGCCUACCUCUCAGAGCGCAAGUUUGUCCAUCGUGACCUUGCAACCCGGAACUGCCUAGUCGGGGAGGAAAUGGUGGUGAAGAUCGCAGAUUUCGGCCUCUCCAGAAAUAUCUACUCUGCUGAUUACUACAAAGCCAACGAGAAUGAUGCAAUCCCCAUUCGCUGGAUGCCCCCAGAGUCUAUUUUCUAUAACCGCUACACUACUGAAUCGGACGUGUGGGCCUAUGGCGUGGUAUUAUGGGAGAUUUUCUCCCAUGGGAUGCAGCCGUACUAUGGUAUGGGUCAUGAGGAGGUUAUUUACUAUGUGAGGGAUGGUCACAUCCUCUCUUGUCCUGAGAACUGUCCUCUGGAGCUGUAUAAUCUGAUGAGGCUUUGCUGGAGCACACACCCAUCAGACAGGCCCAGCUUCAGUAGUAUACAUCGGAUACUGGAGCGAAUGCAUCAGAACACACUGAGCAUGAAUGCUGACACCGAGGUCGACUGCUAACCUGGGACAUUUUUGCAAAAAAUAUUUCUCUCUUUCUCUGUGCAAAAAGACACAGACUUAUGUAGUGCUUUGGUGCCUGAAAACACACUUUAAAUGAACCCUAACACUGAGCAAGAGCAUUCAUAGAAUACUCAAACAGUAUAUUUCAGUAGAUUUUUCUUUUCAUAAGAACCACUCUGGUGCCCAUACCAAAUGUUUUUGUAUCAUAAACAAAACUUGCAUUUUCUUACUUGUUUAGUUUUGCAAUUGUUUUUAAAGAAUGUUGUAGUGCUUUCGACCUAGCCCGCCACUCCUUGCUAUUUACCAGCCCAUAUCCAUCAGAAAGGUCUGCUUUAUUUAUGAAAGAUGUUAAAUGCAUCUAUGAAAAGACUCCCUGACCCCAGCGCCUAACCAUGGUUGUGUUGGUUUGGUGGGGGUCAAUUACUAAGGCCGAAACUUGGCAAAGGGGGUCCAUUAAGAACCACAAAUGAUAAGAGGCUGUUUUCACGCAACCUAUUGCAGGCCUAGGUAUCACUAUCAUUAACAGCAGAAAGACCCCCUCUCAGAUGAGGUGGUAAGAUGUGUCUUACUUGCUGUACAAAGCUUAUCCAGCUUUUGAGUCUGAUGCUUAUCUUAAAUAAAUCACGGCGAUUCAGAGCAAUUUGAAUUAAAGUCAGUGUAAAGUGAAUAAAGUUUAUGAUAUUGCAUCACCACGCUUCGAUGGUGAAUAGCAUGCAUGUCGGAAUCUUUAUUAAAUUGAAUCACCCUCACGAAUGAAUAGCCUAAUUUUAUGUGUGAUCCAUGAUUAUGAUGAUGAUGAUGAUACAGAUGGCAAAAAUAGCACAUUGUUAAUAUUUUACAAAUCAUGUUUUUAGGGGGGCUCAUGGCUUCUUAAAAGGAGCCAAGCUCCCACUGGAUCCCCUGUAGUUCACACCCUGCCCUUAGCCACUGUAAAUACAGAUGCACUCAAACAUUAUGCUUCAUCCAUUGCAUGUAGAAUUGUUGGAUUUCUUUUUUUCCUUUUGAGCUGUCAAGCCGUUGCAUAUGGUCAGACUGCUAAACAUUAGGGUUAGAAAGAGGAUGAGCCACUCUUGUUAUUGUCACCUCUAGCAAAUUCCAGAGCAGCACACAAUCACUUUAUACCAUUGCUGUUGAUUGUUUUGUAUAGACAAGUUGCUAUUCCAUUUUUGGGCAUUCUCUUUUUGUUUCUUUUAUUUGUCAUUUUGUUGAUCUUUGUCUUUUCAUUUUUGUUAUUUUUACUUUGUGACAGACACAGGGUUUGACAUAGCAAGUAAAUUAUAGCAGCAUUGGUCAAAUUUGUUUUAAGUUAAUUAAUGAAUUCUUCUAAAUUGCAUCAUCAUCGCACACAAGUCUCUCGCUCUGACACACACAUUUGCUCAAUUAGCUUUGCAGAAGCUUAUUAAAUAAAUUAAUUCCUCUGCCUUAAAAUAGGCUCUUUAGUGAGUGAAGAAUGGCCAAAGUGUCAAAAAUAUCCUCAUUCUGAAAGACUAAAUUUUUAAUUGGUUCUCGCAAAGACUCUUUCUAAGAGAUCAAACUCGCUCUCUGGUCUCAUUUCAACUGUGUAAAAUUGAAUUAGGUGCAUAUUAUUACACAGUUUCAGCCCAGUAUUACCAACAUCUCUUUGUCAUAAUCAAUACCUUUCAAAUGAAUGACAUUUUUUAUUUCUUUUUAAAUGUGGUGUGCUGUUAUGUUUUUGUUAUUUUGUUACAUAACAUAAUGGUGCAGGUUUUGCCUUACUUACUUCCUUUUAAAUAUGAUAUUUCUUUGUAUCGCUUGCAAAUAAACAGAAUAAACCCAUUUGUAUUUGA